AUGACACCCUCCUGCCUGGCGUCACAAGCCUCCAUUAUGCUCAUCUUCAAUAAUACCAAUUCCCAGCCUCCGACCUUUCUCCUCACUGGUAUCCCGGGUCUGAGAGCAGCUCAGGUCUGGAUCUCCAUUCCCUUUUGUCUCCUGUACAUAAUUGCCCUCUCUGGGAACAGCAUGAUCCUGCUGGUGAUCCUUCGUGAGCACAGCCUUCAUGAGCCUAUGUACUAUUUCCUCUCUAUGCUUUCAGUCACAGACCUAAGCCUGUCUCUGUGCACGCUUUCCACUACACUUGGUGUUCUCUGGUUUGAAGCUCGAGAGAUCAACUUAAAUGCUUGCAUUGCCCAGAUGUUCUUUCUCCAUGGGUUUACUUUUAUGGAGUCUGGGGUUCUGCUGGCCAUGGCCUUUGAUCGUUUUGUGGCCAUCUGUGAUCCACUAAGAUACACCACAAUUCUUACCAAUAGCAGGAUUGCCCAGAUCGGCAUAAUUGUGCUGAUAAGGAAUGUUGCUGUCAUGUUGCCAGUCGUGCUGUUUGUUAAGAGGCUGUCCUUCUGCAGAUCUUUGGUUCUUUCACAUUCCUACUGCUACCAUGUUGAUCUCAUUCAGCUCUCAUGUACGGACAACAGAAUCAAUAGCGUUCUUGGUCUGUUUGCACUGUUCUCCACUACAGGGUUUGACUGCCCAUGUAUCUUGCUCUCCUAUGUACUGAUCAUUCGAUCAGUCCUCAGCAUUGCUUCCUCAGAGGAGCGACAGAAAGCCUUCAAUACAUGCAUAUCCCACAUCAGUGCUGUAGCCAUCUUCUACAUCCCUCUCAUCAGCUUGUCUCUUGUACACCGCUAUGGCCGUUCAGCACCUGCCUUUGUUCACACCAUCAUGGCCAAUGUCUUCCUGCUCAUUCCUCCUGUGCUCAACCCUAUCAUCUACAGUGUGAAGACAAAGCAAAUUCGAAAGGCUAUUAUCAAGGUUUUCAAUCACAAGCAGAGCCAAAUCUAA